AUGGGGUUACCGGCCAAUAAGCUUAGGGGUAUCGGGAAUUAUGCCAUCCACUUGGUCGGUAGCCGAUGGUUCAUGUUCUUCGCCACCAUUAUUAUUCUGGCCAUGUCUGGGGCUACUUACAUGUUCGGAAUCUAUUCCGGAGAUAUCAAACAAUCACUUGGGUAUGAUCAAACAACGUUGAAUUUGAUUGGCUUCUUUAAGGAUCUGGGCGCAAAUGUUGGGAUCAUUUCUGGGCUAGUCAACGAGGUUGCUCCUCCUUGGUUGGUUCUGUCCUUAGGGGCAGCCAUGAAUUUCUUUGGCUACUUCAUGAUAUGGCUAGCCGUAACUGGAAGAGUCGCCCACAUCCCAGUUUGGCAGAUGUGUUUGUACAUAUUUCUAGGUGCGAAUUCUCAAACCUUUUCUAAUACUGUUGCAUUAGUUUCUUGUGUGAAAAAUUUCCCAGAAAGCAGGGGUAUUGUUAUUGGUUUGUUAAAGGGAUUUGUUGGACUAAGUGGAGCAAUCAUCACGCAGCUGUAUCGUGCUUUUUACGGCCACGAUUCUAAGUCUCUGAUUUUGCUCAUUGGAUGGCUUCCGGUUGCUGUUUCCUUUGCUUUUAUCGUGACAAUUCGGGUUAUGCCGGUAGUCCGGCAAGCAAGAGAACUCAAAAUAUUCUACAAUUUGCUCUAUGUUUCGCUUAGCCUUGCUGGUUUUCUGAUGAUUAUUAUCAUUGCCCAGAAUUGGCUAUCUUUUACUAGAUUAGAGUACGGGGCAAGUGCUGCUAUUGUGAUUGCUCUGCUUUUUGCACACUUAAUAGUUGUCAGUGUAGAAGAGUUCAAAAUUUGGAAGAAGAAACGGAGAAUUGAAUUUGGUCCUACUUCCCAUGUUCCAGUAGUCACUUCUGAAAAUUCAACUCCGUCACCUGAUGAAUCCACUUGGGCGGAAACUGAGGCAUCAUCAUCACCAGGAAAACAUAAGCAAGUUUCUUGCUUUAGCAACGUUUUUAGGCCACCAGAGAGAGGGGAAGAUCACACGAUUCUCCAGGCUAUAUUUACCAUUGAUAUGCUGAUGUUAUUCGCUACUACAACAUUUGGAGUUGGUGGAACCUUAACCGCAAUUGAUAAUCUUGGCCAAAUUGGCAAGUCAUUAGGCUAUCCCACUAAGAGCAUUGCCACAUUUGUAUCGCUAGUGAGCAUAUGGGGCUAUCUCGGGCGUGUAGCUGCCGGCUUUGCUUCUGAAAUUUUCUUGGCCAGGUAUAAAUUUCCCCGUCCAUUGAUGCUAACCAUCGUGCUUCUUGUGUCGUGUUCUGGCCAUCUUCUCAUUGCGUUUGGAGUACCGAAUUCGCUUUAUGUAGCCUCUUUGAUUGAGGGGUUUUGCUUUGGAGCUCAAUGGCCACUGAUCUUUGCCAUCAUAUCAGAGCUAUUUGGCUUAAAAUACUACUCCACACUGAUUAAUUUAGGUGCUGGAGCUAGUCCAUUUGGUAACUAUCUGUUUAAUGUUCGGGUUGCUGGUCACCUUUAUGACGUGGAAGCUGAAAAGCAAUUGGUAAAGAGGGGAAUGAUAAGGAAAAAAGGGGAAGAUUUAACAUGCGAUGGCGUAAAAUGUUACCAGUUAUCUUUUCUGAUCAUAACAGCAGCAACAUUUCUUGGUUGCGUUCUUUCUUUGUUUCUGUAUUUGAGGACUCGGAAAUUCUAUAGAGGAGAUAUUUACAGGAGAUUCAAAGAGAAAGACCAGGCUGCAGAUCCUCGGAUCGCUUCCGUUACAAAUGACUACACCCAGCUGCCUAAUUAG